AUGAAGCUGAACGAGCGAAGCGUGGCCCACUAUGCCACCUGUGACUCACCUGCUGACCAUGCUGGCUUCCUCCGCAAGCGGGUAGAGCGGCACCACCACCAUGCCCACCACCACCACGCCCCCUCCUACCAGCGCCGCUGGUUCGUUCUCAAGGGCAACCUCCUCUUCUACUUCGAGGAGCGGGAAAGCCGGGAGCCUGUGGGGCUGGUGGUGCUGGAAGGCUGCACUGUGGAGCUGUGCGAGGCCACCGAGGAGUUUGCCUUCGCCAUCCGCUUCGAUGAUGCUGGUGCCAGGGCUUACGUGCUGGUGGCCGACGGGCAGGCUGCCAUGGAGGCCUGGGUGAAGGCACUCUCACGGGCCAGCUUCGACUACAUGCGGCUGGUGGUGAGGGAGCUGGAGAAGCAGCUGGAGGAGGCCUGCAAGAGCUUGGCUGCUUGCCGCAAAUCUCCACGGAGGUCAUCCUCCUCCAGCAGGAAGAGGCACCUCUCCAACCCUGCCUUGCUGCCUCUCCAGGAGAAGCCCGCCAUCCUGGAGAAUGGUUACUCCACGUGGGGCAGCAGUGGUGGUGUCCCCGGGGGGGCUUUUGAGGGUGGGCCCGCAAAGCCCCCCCCCCUGCCUCCACGCCGGCGGUCGGCCGCUGGCAGUGCUGUGGGGUCCCCAGCACCCGGCCUCUCGCCGGCCAUGCCAGAGAGCCCUGUGUCACCGGAGACAGCAUGCUUCUCCAAACUGCACAGCUGGUAUGGGCAGGAGAUCGUGGCGCUGAGCGAGAGGCAGAAGAUGGGACACCCAUGA